GCCAUAGACCAUGACUAGUGAUCACUUCAUGCAGGCCCCUUGACCAAGAAGAGAAGACCAUAGGUGAUAACUACAGAUCCAUUAGCAGUUCUCUGAUUUCUAAUAAUUUGAUGAAUUGGAACUUAUAGUUGAAGCUAGUCCUAUAAUGGGGACUCCAGAAAAUGUUGAGGCUGCAUAUGAAUCGGCCGUGAAAAUAAUUUUGCAAUGGGGUGCAAGUGCAGCGAGAGGACAAAUGAUCUCUGACAGAGGAGAUAGAGAUGAGAUAAAUCAGUACUUUCAUGCCGUUGAUGAGAUCCACCGCCGGAUGGAACUGACCACCAUGUCCGACGAUGACAAGAGCAAGGCCAACAGUGUGAUGGAGAUAGCCAUGGCUCAGCUCGAACAGCAGUUUGUCUACAUGUUGAUUGAGAUGUGCCGUAGUAGUCCAAUGUGUUCAAUUUGUUCUAGUUCGAUAACUGAUAGCAGUAGCUAUGAAUUACUUGAAGAUGAUUAUUUAGACUACGAUAUUCCACUUUUUGAGGAAGAAAUCAGUGAUCUCCGGAGUGUUGCAGGAAGAAUGAAAUCUGUUCAGCGUGUUAAUGUUUACACUAGAGUAAGGAAGGGUAUACUGGACGCACGUUUUCGACGUCUAGGCGUUGAAAAAUUAAGCAUUGAAGACGUCCGGAGGAUAGAGUGGGACUUGGCGGUGGUGAAGAUCAGACAGUGGAAACGUGCAGCGAGGGUUUGUGUACGAAUUCUCUUUCCAAAAGAGAAACAACUCAUUGAACAAAUCUUUGGAGCCCAUGGAACUGAUUUAUGUUUUAUAGAAACAGUUAAAGAUGUGGCAAUUCAGGUAUUUGACUUUGUGGAAGCCAUAAGUACUAGUCGUCCUUCGCCAGAGAAGCUGUUCAAAUUCUUAGACAUCCACAAGGCCUUGUCGGAGCUUUUGCCAGAUGUGAACACUCUCUUUCAGUUGAAAACAGGGGAACCUAUUCGAAUCCGAGCUUUUGAGAUACUUUCUCAGCUCGCGGAGGCAAUCAGAGGGAUUCUAGCGCAAUUGGAGAAUGCAGUGUGUCAUGAGCUAUCAACAUUCUUGGAUCCGGGUGGGGAUAUUCACAGCUUGACUAAGUAUGUGAUGAGAUAUACCAUUCAGAUCUCUGAUUACAAGGAGUCAUUAACUUCAUUAAUUGUAUCCAAACCAUCAACAAAUUUGAGAUAUUCUGAUGAUCAGAUGAUUCCUGAUAUGGACUUCACGGCAUUUGAAGGGCAAAGUACUUCAUUGGAGCUCCAUUUAAUUUGGAUCAUUGAGAUUCUAGUUUGCAAAUUGGAAUUCAAGUCCAAACUCUACGAAGAUGACACCUUGGGUCAUUUGUUCAUGAUGAACAAUGUUCACUACAUUGUUCAGAGUAUCAAAGAUUGUCCAGAACUGCGGAUGAUGAUUGGUGAUGAUUACGCAAGGAAAUUAAUCGGAAAGGUCCAACAGGCACAGAGUAGCUAUAGUGGUGCUACCUGGUCGGAGAUUUUGUCCUGUUUGAAAUACAAGGGAUUAGGUACCGGUAGGAGCUUCUCUUCUGGGGUGUCUAGGACUAGGAGCUUUUUCAGAGAAAAGUUUAAGACCUUCAAUGCCAUGUUUGAGGAGGCUACCAGGACUCAAGCAACGUGGUUGAUACCGGAUAUGCAGCUUCGGGAAGAGCUUCGUAUGUCGAUAGCGGAAGAGUUGAUCCCAGCUUAUAGGUCAUUUCUCGUUCUUUUCAGGAGCCAUGUAGAGAGUGAAAAGCACUCUGAAACCUACAUCAAAUACUCGGCUGAGGACCUUGAGGGUGCGCUCUUGGAAUUUUUCGACUCCAAGGAAGAAAAUUUGAAGUUGCAAUUUAAUAUACCGUCAAAUUCAGUACGUUGUUCAUUAUCAUACUUGACUUAAUUCUAUAUGAGUAGGCACGGUCACAAAUUUUUUCUGCCUCAU